AUGGGUCUAAACCUGAAUCCUUCUUUCCCGGAGGAUGAGAGGAAGAAGCUGUUCUAUUACAGCCUGUAUGCAUUUGGGGGCCCGACGGUCUUAGUCGCGAUUGCAGGCGCCGUGGAAUUCUCUCCAAGCAGCCAUCCUGAUGAAAUCUACAAGAUAGUGUCUCAAACGCAUCAUAUGGGAAGAUGUCCAUUCUUUGGUACUUCUGGAGCAUUUGGGGUUAUCCUUUGGCCGAAGUUGUUGAUCCUAGUGGCUAAUGUGAUUUUUUUUUCUCUCACGAGUCGCGAAUUGCUUCAGCACGCCAAAGACACUGCCCACCUACAGAAAAACCAAGAACAAAGACAGACGCUUGGGCUAUACAUCAAGUUGUUUUUCCUGAUGGGGCUGACGUGGCUGGUGGUGCUUUUCGGCUACAUUUUCAUGAAAACGAAGGUGUUUUUACUCAUCGCAACUAUCCUCGAGUCCGUUCAAGGAGUCUUCAUCUUCUUCAUCGUGUGCAAGAAGGAUACCAUGCAGUACAUGAGGAGGACGUCUCAGGAAUGGUUCUCAAGGUUUCGCCAAAGGGCCGAGAGCUCCUCCUCGACUGGAGGCACAGUUGAGAGUCAGAGCACUCAGCCGUAGGCAGAUUCUGCUCCGGUAUCACCGAUUCCAAGGAGUGAGAAGUGAGAGGUGGUGGUGAUGAUUCACCCGUAGCCAUUUUCCAAGGACGGAAGUGAAUCAAGGAUGCAAAAAUGACCCGUAAGGCCAAAAAAGUUCUGUCUACUCAGGGAUCUCCACUCAUACUCAGGGGUCCUAUUCCUAGUAUUCACCUUUAGAUGAUUCCCCCAACACCAAGCAGAUAUCUGCGUAAUCAUGAAUAUGAUUUUUUUUCUUCAAGAUUCAUGUGUCUAUUCUCAAUCCGGUGUAAGGC